CACCACGGCUACCUUACCACCCCAUACCCUCCCCUAAUCUUCUUGUCACGAUGCAAGCGUCGCAUCUGAGUAUUUAGCACGAAAGGCAGCAGCCAUGGCCCCCAGACACUCUGGUUUCCUGGCAGAGUACCCGCUCGUCCGGGUCGACAACUUCACCGCCAAUUUUCCUCUACUGCCGCCCUGCAUUCCCCGGUCAGCCCUCGACGACCUUGCCGACGGUGCGACACAGUAUGCCGCCCCCCACAUCCAUCUUCUCUCACACGUUCACUCCGAUCACCUUGCUGGUCUUGGAUCCCUUUCGCGCCAUUCUGCACCCAUCUACUGUUCACAUGUCACGAGACGCCUCCUCCUCGGCCUUGAGCGCAUACAGGAUCGGACGCGCCACGAUGCCGGACAUGGACCCCGAAUUCGACCUUACCGCGGCCUCUACCGAUCGGAGUCGGAGCAGAAAGCCCGAUCCAGGGCCCAUCAUGCACGUCCGCAGGCCGGUCUAGACCUCUUGCAUCCACUCGCGUUUCAUACUCCCACACUCGUCUCUUACUCCGCUCGCUUCCAGAUUCGCCUCACCCUUCUGCCGGCGAACCACAUGCCUGGCAGCACCAUGUUUCUAGUCGAGGGUCCCCGUGGCGCGGUGCUGCACACCGGAGACGUUCGUGCCGAAACGGCCUGGCUGGAGGCUCUCCUGGCUCGUUCGCUUCUCUGUCGUUAUGCUGGCGGCCUCGGUGGAUCUACCCUGGCUUCUCCGUGGCUUCAUGCGAGCUCUUCAGCACAGGAUUUUGAUUCGGCUACCGAGCCGCCGCCAGGUCGAGGACGGAUCGAAACCAUCUACCUUGACACGGAACGCCUGCUCGAUAGCCAGGCACCAAUGUCCAAAAACCGUGCUAUAGUUGAUGGGCUCGAACUCCUGGCCCUCCUUCCAGACGGUGCCUUCGUCUUUCUCGACUGCUGGACCGCGGGCUACGAGGACUUUCUCUACGCCGUUUACUGCGCGACGGGAACCAGAAUCCACGUCGAUCGUUACAAGGCCUGGAUGCUCGCCCAGGGAGAAGAGGACAACGACAAUGAUGAGCACUGUGCGAACAAGCGCUGGCAUCGUGCUAUCUCCACCGACAUUGACUCUUGUGGUCGGAUCCAUGCGUGUGAGAGGACAGCGAAAUGUACGGCCAUGAAUACGUCGACCCUAGGCCCAACUCCUCUGAUUGUCGAGGUCGAGAUGGCUGAAUGCAUCGGUGAGAUGGAAUGGAAGCAAAGCAAGUCGGCGUUCCUCGAAGACCUUCGUGCGGCGGCCAAGUACCUUCGACCAUGGCCGCGAAAGCUGACGAUCCCUUUGCAACGUCACUCGCCCCUGCCGGAGCUCUACGACUUCGUGAGGCGUUUGCGACCCCGAAGGAUAGCGGCUAACACUGGAGAUGCAGCGCACCAGCUUGUGUGUGAUAGGAUAGCUGACCGGCUCGACCUAGGCACUCAGCACGCCAAUGGCCAUGGCUAUCCCGACUAUGGAAGAUUGCAGAGAGUUUGGAACGAAGCAUCUGAUUCAUACGGAAAAGAGGAGGAAGGUUUCUCUGCCAAGGUUCAUGCCUUCCAUUCGUCUCUGCGAGUACCGCGAGAAGACCGCCUUCGCAAAGAGCGGAUGGACGCCGAUGCCGAGAUCGUCGGAGGACUGGAAGAUGCAGACAGCACGUCUAUGAGCGAUGGCGAGGACGGCUACGAAGCAGACAUAAGCCGCCCAUCAGCAACAGCUAAAGCUAUCUCUGUACUCAAUGUUUGGGACAGUGUGACGGGGCGCUUUGCCACAUCGGGCGCAUCACCAUGGAUUACACCCGCCAUGCGUCAACAUCAAGAUGUUGCUUCGACAGUGACAGCAACAACACCAGACACCUCAGAGACCGAUGCGCCAGUAUUAACUGAGGAGCUAGCAUCGCGUUAUUUGGCCUAUGCGGGCAUGUACCUCGGUUAUCGGAUACGCAAUCCUUCUCGGUACGCUCAACCAGUCGCCUGGCGUGGCUUCCGGAAGGUCAAGCCAGACGUUGCCCGGCUGACAGAGGAUGCUCUACAGCGUGAGCUGGGCUGCCGCCCGCCUCCAUGGGAUCAAGCCGUGCCCCGGCUGCCAAGGUCACCCCUUGUAUCACUUCAAGAGAAGAAGCGGGAAACUCCGCCGUCGACGCCUAUUCCAUCGAAGACACUCCUCACUUCGACGCAGUCCAUCUCGCCUUUCGGUCUCCCUUCUCCGGUGCCGCUGACAACGUCACCCGAAAAGAGGCUAGAGAAUGCACCCUUGUUGGCGUCGGCGUUGGAUCGCGACACAGCCGUGACGAGGGCCCACUCUUGUUGCUAUGAUGAGAACUCAACUACGCAAGGCACUGAAGACGACGUUGAGGUGGUCUGUGUGUUGACUCGAUCCCCUGUUGUCGAUGAGAGGGCAGACUACUCAUCUAUACUGGCACAUCUCCGCCGUGGCUCCAAACCAAAAGUGGCUCCCGACCUUGGAGCCAUAACGUGCGACAUCCUUUCGUCGGGCCGGCAUUCCGCGGGCUCUGUCGAAGCCAAGAUAGGAGCAGCCAUGCUCCUGGGGCUCGGGCUCCGUUCUUUGCGAGCUCGCGCCCUUCUCGGGUGGGUCAAACCAGCGACAUGGCCAGUGGAGAUCAAGGCUGGCGUAGAGGACGCUCUCGACGCUUCACUCUUCUCUCUCGAACACGAUCAUCUGGAAGAAGAGCAGAGCGUCGUAAAACUGGUCAUGCUCCUCAGAAAGCUUCUCGAUGACUUCCACCGUCUUCCAUCGCAUCAUCCUACUCAAAAGACCGCACUCGAUCGUAGAGUGCGAUUCCGAGAAGAUGCCAAUGUGGCUCAGGUGAAGCGGCGAUGCUUUGGCUGAUUUGUCUUUCCUGCGUGCAAGUUCCUUGCGUUUCCUCAUCCUUUGCACCAAUUACUCUUUCUCACCUUCUGUACCAAUUGCCCUCUUCCUGUAUGUUUCACUAGCAACAUGUACUCUGCA